ACCGGGGCACCCCCAGCCGCAGGAAACAGGCUGGCAGCCGGCUGCUGCCCACGGGUGCUGGGCCUCCUCUCCUGUGAGGGCCACGCACGCACUUGUAAGAACAAGCUGCCCUCUGGUUCUGUGCAUGUUUGCUGGGAAGUUCUUCUUAUAGUGUAACCUUAACCCUUCUGGCUGCCUUAUCUACCACCCCAAGACAGUCUUGGCAGCUCUGAAGGGCCAGGGACAGGUUGUGUUUUUGAUUUGUUUUUCCUAAUAUGUACUGAGCACUUACCUGCAUGCCAAGCACUGUUUAAGAACAUGACAUGUGUCAACUCAUUUAAUCCUUCUGGCAAUUUGUAUGAGGUAGGUACUAUUAUUAUCCCUGUCUUGAUGAGGAAACUGAGGUACCGAGAAGCUAGGUAAUUUGCCUAAGAUCACACAGCUAGUGUCUGGAAGGGGGUUAGGAAGCCCUCAGGGUUUUAACCCACCAGGGGCAUCUGAUUGCAGCGUCUGUGUUGGGGUCAGGGUUCCUGAACAGUCUGGGCUGGCCUGAGCUAGACGUCAAGAACAGGAAAGGAACGCACCCUGAAUGUUCUUCCCGCCUGAGCGAGUCUUCCGACACCUGCGAGAAAGGUGGGCACGACUGUACCCCUGCCUGCCGGGAAGGGGGCGGGCCCAGAGAGGUGUUGAGAUUUGCCAGUCUCUCGGCUAGCAGGCAGCAGAGCCCUGGCCCCUUGACUGUCAGCCCUGAACUCACUGUAUCUGAAGCAAGACGGGAGAAGGUGUGCGAGGUCCACUUGGACCUGGGCCUGGGUGAGAGGUGCGGACACUGAAAAGUGAGAACAGGAGGGCCUGCCGUGGUGUCCUUUAGUUACAGGAGAGAGCUUCCAUGCUGGGAGAGGUUGAAUCUAUGCCAGGCUCUGGUCUAAGUGUUUUUAAAUUGGCAUUUUCUGAGUUUUUCAGACAAGGCACAGGCCGGCUAAAUGUCCAAGGUCACUCCAGUAGUACGCGGGGGAACUGGCCUUUGAACUCAGUCUGUGAGCUCAUGGCCAUGGCCCAGAGAGGGCUGGUGAAUAGCCCAGGGUCACACAGCCCCAGAACCAGGAGCUACUGGCUUCCUUCCAGCCCAGGAAAAGCAAUGACACCUGACUCCUAGCCAACUGGGGGCGGAGCAGAGGUGGAGCUAGCAGACCCGGUGGCCUCUCAGAACCACAGCACAGGCGGCAGAGUAGCCCGGAGCAGCAUGAGGCAGAGCUGGGGACCAGGGCUGCUGCUCCUGGGAGCCGUGGUCCUCAUAGAGGGUCUUCAGGCAGCUCAGCGCGCCUGCGGGCAGCGCGGCCCUGGCCCCCCUGAGCCUCAGGAGGGCAGCACGGGGCCUGGCGAGUGGCCGUGGCAGGCCAGUGUGCGGAGGCAGGGGGUGCACAUCUGCAGUGGCUCCCUGGUGGCGGACACCUGGGUCCUCACGGCUGCCCACUGCUUUGAAAAAGCGGCAAUGACAGACCUGAGCUCCUGGUCAGUUGUUCUGGGCUCUCUGCAGCGUGAGGGGCUGAGCCCCGGGGCUGAGGAGAUUGGGGUGACUUCUCUGCAGCUGCCCAGGGCCUACAACCACUACAGCCAGGGCUCAGACCUGGCCCUGCUACGGCUCGCCCACCCCACAGCCCACACACCCCUCUGCUUGCCCAGACCUGCCCAUCGCUUCCCCUUUGGGACCUCUUGCUGGGCCACUGGCUGGGACCAGGACAUUAGUGAUGGUAAGUGCUGCCCCAGGCUGAACCCCAAGAGGCAGUCCUCUUGCCCAAGGUCACAGCCUCAGCUGGCAACGGUCUCUGCUUCUAGUCUUCCUUGCUCCCCAGAGCCCAGACUCCAGCACCAAGCCCGUCUUUUUCCAGCUCCCAGGAUCCUACGGAAUCUGCGCCUGCGUCUCAUCAGCCGCCCCACGUGUAACUGUCUCUACAACAGGCUGCACCAGCGGCUGCUGGCCAGCCCGGCCCGGCCUGGGAUGCUGUGUGGGGGUGCCCAGCCCGGGGUGCAGGGGCCCUGCCAGGGAGAUUCUGGGGGCCCCGUGCUGUGCCAUGAGCCUGAUGGACACUGGGUUCAGGCUGGGAUCAUCAGCUUCACGUCCAGCUGUGCCCAGGAAGACACUCCCGUGCUGCUGACUGACACGGCUGCCCACAGCUCCUGGCUGCAGGCCCGCGCUGGGGGCGCAGCCUUUCUGGCCCAGAACCCAGAGGCCGUGCAGCUCAGUGAUGAGGACAGCUGUGUAGCCUGCGGAUCCUUGAGGGGAGAAGGUCCCCAGGCAGAAGCCCCCUCCCCGUGGCCCUGGGAUGCCAGGCUGAAGCACCAGGGGAAGCUGGCCUGUGGCGGAGCCCUGGUGUCAGAGGAGGUGGUGCUGACCGCUGCCCACUGCUUCAUUGGGCGGCAGAGCCCAGAGGAAUGGAGCGUGAGGCUGGCGGCCGGACCAGAGGAGCACAGCCUCAAGCAACUCAUCCUGCAUGGGGCUUACACCCACCCCGAGGGGGGCUACGAUGUGGCCCUGCUGUUGCUGGCCCAGCCGGUGACAUUAGGCCCCAGCCUGCGGCCCCUCUGCCUGCCCUAUGCUGACCACCGCCUGCCCGAUGGGGAACGUGGCUGGGUCUUGGGGCUGGCCCGCCAAGGAGCAGGCACCAGCUCCCCUCAGACAGUGCCUGUCACCCUCCUGGGGCCUAGGGCCUGCGGCCGGCUGCAUACUGCCCUCGGGAGCGAUGGCACCCCCAUUCUGCCAGAGAUGGUGUGCACCAGUGUUGUGGGUGAGCCGCCCCGCUGUGAGGGCCUGUCUGGGGCACCACUGGUGCUUGAGGUGAGGGGCACAUGGUUCCUGGCUGGGCUACACAGCUUUGGCGAUGCCUGCCAGGGCCCCGCGCGGCCUGCAGUCUUCACAGCGCUCCCCACCUACGAGAACUGGGUCAGCAGUUUGGACUGGCAGGUCUACUUCUCCAAGGAGCCCGAGCCCGAGCCCGAGCCCGAGCCUGGAAGCUGCCUGGCCAAUAUGAGCCAACCAGCUGACUGCUGACAGGUGGCUCUGGGAUGCUGCAAACACAUCACUGCCUCUGCCCCUCUCCAUCCCCCCACCCACACAAUUCCAGGCACUGGGCAGGCCCCAAAGCCCAGUGGAUUGGCAGCUGCCCCGCCUCCCCCCUGCAGGACAGGGACUUGUCACCUGUAGAUGCUCCCGCUCUCAGCUCUGCUCUCGACGCAGGCGUCCCGCUUUCCCCUCUUCAUCCCUCACAUAUAACCACACCAGCCACAUUCUUGGAAAAUUUUCUUUUUUGGUGGGGGGGAAGGGGAAUGGUGGUGCAAUUUUCCUUUUUUUAAACUUAAAUAAAUUGUUACAAAAUA